UUUAUCAACAAAUUUUUUUUGAGUUCUAUCCAACCAUGGCUAGUUUGGCUAAAUCCAUGGUUGUUUGCUACACGCAGAAAUCCCACGCAAAUCAAUCGACACCCAUUCCCCGAUUAAUAACCAACAAACAAAGCUCGAAUGGAAGACGGAAGCUAAUCUCAACCAUCUUAUCAACUUCACUGGCAAUUGGAGUUGGUGGAGGAUUACAAGUGACGCCUAUGGCCUUAGCUGAAGCUUGGGGUACGAGGUCAUUUAUCAAGGAAAGGUUUUUCGAACCGGGACUUUCUCCGGAAGAUGCAGUGGCAAGAAUUAGACAAACUGCUGAGGGUUUACAUAGUAUAAGAGAAAUGCUUGAUACUAUGUCAUGGAGGUAUGUUAUCUUUUACAUUAGACUCAAACAGGCUUAUCUUUCUCAAGAUCUUAAGAAUGCUAUGACGACUUUGCCGGAGAGUAGUCGAAAGGCAUACGUGAACAAGGCAAAUGAAUUGGUGGAUAACAUGGCUGAGUUUGAUACCUACGUUCGAACACCGAAAGUGUAUGAAUCCUACCUUUACUACGAGAAGACAAUGAGAUCACUAGAUGAUCUCGUAGAACUGCUAGCCUAGGCGCAUUUACCCAAGAAGAUCACAAACGGAUUAAUUGGUUAUUCUUUGUCUGUUGAAUUCAAUCUCAUUAUUGAUUUACUCUGUUGAAAACUUUAAAUAUAUAGGGACUAUCCGAAGAAAUUCAGUUUGUUUUCGUGUAAAUAUAAUAUGUUAACAAGAAAAACCAAAUAGCCACUGCUUGUAUAAUUUUCUGAAGUUUUGAAUAAUUAUAAGUGCGUGUAUGUAUAAAUC